AGAAGUUGUUAAGUUGAAUCAUCCCGUUCCUUUUCACUCCUGAGAUUGACAUUUAUGCAAAUACAAAUUUAGAGAAAAUGCAGAAUCUAUUACAUGUUGCCUGAAACCAGAGAAAUUGGCCGGCGACUCUCAUUACUGAAGAAGAACAAUCGUUUUCUCAACAGAUUCCUAAGUUCUUGCACUAAUCACCAAACACACUCUAACGUUUGAACUGUUCCACUGAUUUUUCCCACUCGAAACAACCCCGCCCCCUUUGAAAUCUCUCUUGGAAUCUCUAAUUUGGUCACUUUCCCACUUCUCAAUCGCAACCCCAGUUGGCGAUUUGUGCCGAUUCUCGACUCUAUCUGGACUUUUCUUUCUUCAUUCAAACCCCUUCGACCAAAAUUUUCUGAAAACACCCAUUUCAGUAACUCCACCUUUUCUCUGAGCUGAUGGGUCCCCUUUUCAAUGGAACCUUGUUACUAGAAAAGCUUCCUUUUCUAUGACCAUUUUUUUCUUUGUGGGUCUGUUGCAGCCUUUCCGUAGCCUCUGUGCUGAGCCGCAGAUUGAUCACUUUCUGAUUUUUUCCAUUUUAGCUUUCCUCCAUCUUUCUCCCUGUUUCAUUACUUCUAUUCUCUUGUUUGGGAGUUGAUUCUUUUAUUUUUGAGUGUUUUUAUAAUUUUGAGUUGGUUUCACGGCUUUUCGAUUCUGGUUGGAAGUGGGGUUAGCUAAAACAAAAAUGCUGGGUGUGGAUGUAAAAACAGGGCACAGCCGCUCCAGAAGGUAGCUUUCAACGUGUUUUUCCUUCUGUUUAUUACCAAUAAUUCUUUUGUCUUUGCUCUACGCAUAUGGCAGCUCGGUUGACAAGAAACCGAUUCGAGAUGAUCGGUUAGAUAAUUUGCUUGAAUCAUCCAACACUGUAAAGAUGGAUAUGGAUCUUGUGAAAGAAGUUGAGAAUAAGAAAAACUCGUCACCGAAGAUUGAAGUGCAUAAUUCUUUGAAGCAGGAGAUUAUCCAACUUGAGAAGCGAUUGCAAGACCAGUUCAAGCUACGCUCAGCAUUAGAAAAAACAUUGGGUCAUGGGGUCUUUGCAUGUAAUGAAUCAGACAAAGUCUCAAUGCCAAAGUCAGCCGUGGAGUUAAUCAAGGAGAUUGCAACUUUAGAACUAGAAGUUGUGCAUUUAGAACAAUAUCUUCUUUCUUUGUACCGAAAAGCAUUUGAUGGACAAUCAUCCUCUGUAUCCCCUUCUGCCAAGGACGAGAAGCCGAAAUUGCCUCCAACCCCUAGAGGCAGGGCAAUGGAAGCUCCCCCACCUGAUAUUGCCUCAAAAUAUGUUAACUCAGCAUUCCCUUCUGCUUGUCAGUCACUUGAAAAUCCAAGGAAGGAAUAUAGUGAUAUUGGAAGAGAUGAAAAACUGUUGGUUUCCAAUUAUCAUCGUUCUCAAUCGUCACUGACAACAGUAAAUGCAGCUUCUUUGGAUAAAAUGUCUACUUCAGUAGAAUCAUUGGAUAGAACUCUGCGCACAUGUCACUCCCAACCGGUGUCCAUGAUGGAGUAUGCACAGAAUGUUUCACCCAAUAUAAUCAGUCUCGCAGAGCAUCUUGGAACUCGCAUUUCUGACCACAUCCCCGAGACUCCUAACCGGCUUUCAGAAGACAUGAUCAAGUGCAUAUCAACUAUAUAUAGCAAACUUGCAGAACCAUCUUUGUUGAAUCAUGGACUUUCAUCUCCAACGUCUUCUUUGUCAUCGGUUAGUGCAUUUUCUCCUGGAGAACAGUGUGCUAUGUGCAGUCCAGGGUUCAGAAACAACUCAUCCUUCGACGUCCGAUUGGACAAUCCUUUUCUUGUAGAAGGUCUUAAAGAAUUUAGUGGGCCAUAUAGUACAAUGAUCGAGAUUUCAUGGAUUUGUAGAGACCCUCAGAAAUUAUGUCAUGUCAAGAGUUUGCUCGAAAACUUCAGGUUGCUUAUCUCACGUUUAGAGGAAGUCGAUUUGAGGAAACUUAAGUACGAGGAAAAGUUGGCUUUCUGGAUAAAUAUUCACAAUUCGCUGGUGAUGCAUACGUAUUUGGCUUAUGGGGUACCCCAAAACAAUGUCAAGAGAGCCUUUUUACUCUUGAAGUCUGCAUAUAAUAUAGGAGGCCAUACAAUUAGUGUAGAUACAAUUCAGAGUUAUAUUCUUGGCUGUCGGAUGCCUCGCCCUCGGCAGUGGCUUCGGCUCUUGCUUCCUUCAAGGACAAAAUUCAAGACUGGAGAUGAACGACAAGCAUAUAUAAUAGACCGUCCAGAACCCCUUUUACAUUUUGCACUUUGUUUUGGGAGCCACUCCGAUCCUGCAGUUCGUGUUUAUACACCUAAAAGAGUGUUUCAAGAACUGGAAACUGCAAAGGACGAGUACAUUCGAGCCACCUUCGGUGUAGGAAAGGAUCAAAAGAUUCUUCUUCCAAAGAUCAUUGAGUCAUUCGCAAAGGACACUGGUCUGUGUUCAUCUGGGCUGAUGGAGAUGAUUCUCAAGAGCUUGCCUGAAUCUCUGAGAAAGAGUGUCAAACGGUCACAGCUCGGGAAUCCUCGGAAGAAUGUCGAAUGGAUUCCUACAAGUUACACUUUCAGGUAUCUGAUUUCUAAGGAGCUGAUGCUCUAAUUUACUUGCUUGCAUUUUCUUCUUCUUUGGGAUCAACUCAGAUGCUAAAAUUUUUGUGCAUUGAAUUUGAUUUCUCAUUUGUACAUAGAAGAACUGUAAGCAACGGCAUCUGAGAAUACAAAAAAGUGGACUUGAUGUAUUUUGAACUUGAAAUGUCUAUAGUAUCUUCCCUUCAAUUUGUUGAGCUUGAAA